UCUUAUUGUUUAUUUCUUAGAAAUCGUUAGAAUCUACUUUAAAAUUAAAUAAACAAAUAAUAUAAUAUCAGUUUUAAGAUAGAUAUGGACUAUGAAUACGAAAACGGAUGUUUCAGGAAUAUUUUUCGUUCAUUUGUGUGUGUGACGCUCAGUUUACUUCUCGGCCUACAAGUAUACGCGUACUUUUGGGGGCCAUCGCAAGAUGCUCUAGAAGGGGACUUUUCCGACAUCCGAUAUGUCGUGAUGCAACUUACUCAGGGUCUAACUGAGGUGAACCGUAAGCAUGAGCGCCUCCAUGGCGAAAUGGAGCGGAUAUCAUCCGCGCUGCCGGUGGUGGCGGCCGCUGCAGACCGAGCCAGAGAUGCUUUACAACCAUCUUUGCGUCGCAACGGUAGAAAUACUCUUGAUAUACAGGACUAUGAUAGACAGAUGGUGGACUACGCACUCGAAUCGGCCGGUGCCCGAAUCUUAGACACCGGUGACACGAUGGAUCAUGUCAUAUACGAGUCUCCUGUGGGUUGGGUUCUUCAUAAUCUCGUAGGCAUGCUGUGCAGUGAAUGUCUUGGUGCUCGAGCUAUAAUACGCCCCGAGUCCUUGCCUGGCGAAUGCUGGGCAUUCAAAGGGAGUAGAGGUGAAGUUACUAUUCGCCUGUUAGGCAUUGUACGAAUAACGGGCAUUAGCGUUGAACAUAUAUCACCCCAUAUAGCACCCACGAGAGAAAUAUCAUCAGCACCGCGUUUACUUCAAAUCGAGGGCUUGGAGUUUCGAAAAGAUCCAUUUCCACACGACUUUGGCAGUUUCGAGUACGAUAAAGAUGGAAAACCUAUCCAGUAUUUCCAAGUCUUGUACCCCUCGCCGAAGGGACACAGUAUAGUAAGAUUACGGGUACUCAGCAAUUGGGGUCACCCUGUUUAUACUUGUGUGUAUCGAAUAAGAGUUCAUGGAGACUUGGCGACUCGGAUCUCAGUAACUGAGGAGCCUGAUUUGCGAAUUGAGAACGAAUAACUUUAAUAUCAUUAAUACAU